AUGGGUCUCACUUCCCAGCAGCAGGAACAACUUCACCGCGAUGUGAAAUACACCUUGGCUGAAGUUACCCAAACGGCCUCGUCCUGGCAGCACUUGCCUGGAGCUUUUGCUCUUCCCAGUACUGAGAGGCUUCGUCAAAUAUACGCAGACCUACCAACGCACCAGCCUUCACGGGACCUAAUUGACGAAUACGUCAUGUUUCGAAAGGACAAUUAUGGCUGGAGGUCCACGGAGGAAGACCCAACACUACCGACCAUCAAACAAAAGUCCGUCGACUUCAUCUACAAGAGCAAGUUUCUUCGGAUUCUGUCCAAAGAUUAUCGACCCAACUUUGACUCUCUUGGCUUCCAGAAGACCGAGAGAGCAAGCGUCAUGACGCUGUGGUAUGCCUGUCGACUCAUGAAGCUGGUUCCUGGCCUGUUCGAGCGGUCUCAGGUUAACACUUGGCCAUACAGCAUCAACGCGUAUGAUUCUGUUCACGGAAGCUGCCUUCUACAGAAGUACCACCAGGAUCUGAAAAAGAAGGACUUUGAGUCGGCAAAGCCACAAGUUGGGAGUACCCCGAUCAAGCCAAAAGCCGGCCCGUUCGGCGAAGGGGAGCCCAAGAAUGCAAACCAAAGUGGGACAAGCCAAGUUUGGGAUAACCGCCAUAAGGAGAUCAGCCGUCGGUACAUCGGACCGUUCUCCGAGGCCCAGCGAGAUACUAUCGUCAAGAUCCUCAGAAAUCCAGAAACCGGUUAUGCCACAGAGGCGGAUGUGAGAAAACUUGUUCGCAGGAUCGGCAUAGCAAGUCUGGACAAGGAGGACAUUGCGGCUCCAGAUGUACUCGACCGCGAUGCGGUCAGAGUCAUUCUGGACGAGUUCACAGGAGACUACUUCGAGCGCAAGUGUCUCAUGUACGAAUCCGACCAGAUGAACUCAUUACCAACCGGCUCUACGAAGAAAGAUCUCAACAUCACGGAGGUAUUAGGGACUGGUGAAAAUAUUAGCAGUGCCUUCGAGGAAUUUAUUGAGGGAAAUGACGAUGCUCUUUCGCAGGAGGAAGAUGUUCUACCGCAGGAUGAAGAUGGUCUUUCGGAAGACGCAGUCUUGCAGGUUGAGAAAGCUUAUACCAAGAAGCUUGAACAAGUCUCUGCCCCGUUUGCUCCCUUGGUUGAAGCCUGCAACUAUGCAGGUAUCCCGAUAAUUGACGGUCAGCCUACUCUGAGCCUCAGGGACGAGGAUGAAGCCCAAGGUCCACCGUUCUCCAGCCGUGGCAGUCCUCAGCAAUUGCCCGGCUGCUACGCCAGAUAG